UGACCCUAAUCAGGGAAGGGGGGAUGCAGAGGGGACGCAUGCUCAGAGUGGCUGCUGGAGCCUCGCCUGCUCGCUACAGCUGCUCCAAGGGUCUGGCACACAGGCGAAGAGAAAGAUCAGGCAGGGAAGAUAGCUUGAAUUAUUGAUGAGAGUAAUGGCGUUGCCGUCUGUCUGGAGGGUGAUGCGUGUGGCCAUCCCGUUCAUCUCGGUGGUUGGCCUGCUAAGCGUGAGGUUUGUGGGGGCCAGCCAGGACUCUGGGAGUGUCAUUCCUGCAGAAAGUCGUCCCUGUGUUGACUGCCAUGCGUUUGAGUUCAUGCAGAGGGCGUUGCAGGAUUUAAAGAAGACAGCGUAUAAUCUAGACACGCGGACAGAAACCCUCCUCCUGAGAGCAGAAAAGAGAGGCCUGUGUGAUUGCUUUCAUGCGAUACACUGAAAUGAGCACUGGGAUUCGGCCAAUGGACAUUUAUUCAUUUUUAAAAUGCUGUUCAAUAAAUUACAGGAAGAUACAGAGUGCAAGUUGUGCCAUGAUGCAAGGAAAAGAAUUUUUUUCCGAACAGGUACAGCUCAGAUCAUUUUUGCUUUGAUGUGUUUUAUCAUUACUGUAUGUGAUAUUGCAUCUGCUGAAAUGUCAACAGAAGAAACAGUGCCAAAGUCUAGUUCAUGGGUUAUAUACAAGGACAGCAUCUCACUUUUCUUCUAUUUCAAGCCAAAAAUUGUCCUUGGACUCUCAGGCCAAGCCCUCAGCACAUGUGAAUUGGCAUAGAUCUGUGAAAGUCAGUGGAGUUGAAUUCUUUAAUAUAUUUAUGGUAGGAUGUAUCCCUAACAUGAAAAGGAAGCUGCUUUGCAAUGAUGCAUAGCUAAACAUUUACAAACAAGCAGUCAUGGCUUUAUGUAGAAAUUAGUAGUUGUCACUGACUGCUUGGCAGUCCAAGGAAGGUAUUUGUUCCCAAUUGUAUCAAUAGUCCAGUGCACAGCAAACACAGUAAUCUGUAUCACAAUUUAAAUUUCUUCAGAGCCACACAGUAGCUGUGAUCUUUUUGGAGAGAUUUAUUAAGUACCUAAUGUGAUCAGUAACAUUUGUAAUCACAUGAAUACUGCCUGGCAAUUGAACUGAUUGCAUCUGCCAAAAUCUUCUGGAGAAGUGUCUUUCAUUAAGCAAAUCACAUACUGGAUUGAACCACUCAAACUGGCCUCUACAGAGAGUUUUGGCAGAGAGCCUACAAAACGCCUACGUGCCCAGGAGUCUCCUGCAAACUGUAUUUUGAGAAAUAUUUAAGUUCUUCCAUAAUGGGCCAUAGCUCUUGCAUGGACUUUACACUCCAUAGCGGUGGGUUACAGUGCUGAUACUAUUAAUAUUCCUGCUGCAGUCAGUGUGAGGCAAGAGAGAACAAAACAAUUUAGGCAGUGUAGUAGUAGUAGUAGUAGUAGUAAAGAUUGCGCCUUGUUACUCUUUGAAAAAGAAUAGCAAAUCCUUUCUCAUAGUUUUCAUUUUUUCCUUUGUUUUGGGGAGGAGAGCAGAAAAUGGCCCCAGUGGAAAGUUCUUGUAGAUAACAAUAGAUUUUUCAUAGGGCUUAAAAUAUCAUCCCCAAAGUAUAAUUAAUAGAUUUGUGUAUCAGCUAGGGCAUCUAUGUACAGGCUAGCAACUUUUAUACAAACAAGAGUAUGGGAGCAGUAUCAACAGCAGUGGUUUUCAAAGUAAUUUUACCAAUUCUUAUUAAUAUGUCUGUCUUCCCAUAAGUGGCUCAUAUUUUGCUGUCAGACUGCUCAGUAAGUUAUGAUGGUAGCUGUCUGUAUGUUUCUAAACUGGUUCUCUCCCAUUUUAUCUACCACAUUAGACACAGGGAAAUAGGGAACUGUGACCCACUGCCAACUUACUAUUUUGUGUGCAGUCAUACUCAAUAACACAAAGGAGUGUAUUACCAUAUGCUCUGCCAAAGUUGUUUGAAAGGCAUGUGGUUCUCAGAAAGGAAAAGCUUCCUUGCACCUGCAUUUCAAGUAGGAAAUUUGCUUUGUCCUUUGUAGUAUUCUAGAAAAACCCUUUAUAGGUCAUUAGGACCUAGUUUGUAUAAAAGAGAAGCAGCAUGACACAGCAACACAUUGCUUCUAGUAGCAUUACACUCCACUGUAGCACGGGUAACUGAUGGGAAGCAAUAGAGGUUCUUAUCAUAGACUAUAUUUUAUUUUACAGAUAAAACAAUAGGUUUAACACAACUCCUUUGAAAAAUACCAACCUUAGGUUACUUUACUCCCACUUAGAUUUGAACCAAAGUAAUGCACAGAUUUUGAGUUAGCUUUUUGCAGGAGAUGGAGUUCCAGCACUGAACAUGUGAAUUUUCCAGCACAGCUCACCUUUGCAGGGGGCAGCAUGUCUAUGGUUUUGAAUUGCUGUUGUGCAUGCUUAUUCUGCUGGUACCUUAGGAAUCUUGCAAAGUCCUGUCAGCAAGCACUGUUUUUUUGGCUGUGUUUGUUUUUAUUUAGAAAAAUGGUUGCUCACAGUUGAGUUUUGAUAUAUGCAGCUUGUCACAAUAAAAAGGUGGAAUGAAUGACAAGUGGAUGUUCUGUGACUCCCAAAGGGAUCAGAGUGACACUGCAUCUUUAUGGUUGUGAGGGCAGUGAUUAUUCUGUAUGUAUUCCUCUUUAUCUACAAUACAAUACAAUAAAAGGGCAAGAUGUAUUAUAGUA